AUGUUCGGAUUCUGGCCGUUACGCAACCCAUUGAUUGAUUGGGAUGUGGAAUUGGUCCUGAUCACUACUGUAAUAACUUCGCUACUUUUCUUCAUAUUGUUUGUGGCCUACAACUGCUUUCUGCACCCUAUCGCUCAUAUUCCGGGACCAUUUGUGGCCAAAACUUCUCCACUAUGGGCAAUGAGAGCUCUGUACCGCAGACGAUUUAACUCUGAGCUUCAAGAGCUUCACCAGAAAUAUGGACCGGCCGUUAGGAUUGGUCCGAAUGAAGUGUCCUUUGCAACACUCGAGGCCGAAACAGCAAUCUAUGCCAAACAAGAAGAUGGGCGUUUCUCUAAAAAGGGGACCUUUUUAACGCUUUUCUCUGAUCUGGUGUUGAAUGCUCCUACACUGAUCACAAUUCCUGAUCCGGCCUUGCACAAGAAACUGCAUCGCACCAUUCAGCAGGCUUUCACUCCCGAAGCAUUCGCGAAACAGGAACCAAUCCAGAACCAGCACAUCGAUCAAGCGUUUGUUCAGCUUGAGAGCGACUGUAGAAAUGGGAAGACGAUAAACCUGACUUUGACCCUGGAAACAAUGUUUUGGGAAAUCAUCGGCGACUUGUCAUUUGGAGAACCGCUGAUGUCUGGUAAAAAGCCCGUAUAUGAAGCCCUGAAAGAGCUGGGGAAAAGCACAAUGCCAAUGGUAGAACUUCUCAGCUACCUGACGACCUUACCCGGAGUGCCUGAGCUUCUUCAGAGCAUCAGCUCGCUAAUUUCAGCCUUGCCAUUUCAAUCUCAGCUCUCGAAACUUGUACCAUCGACUAGGCUGCGAGAUUGCAUGGAGCGACAGGAUGGCAGAGAGGAUUUCCUUACGGCGAUCAUGAGCAGCGAGAAGCAAGGGCUUUCUUUGAAUGCAGAUGCUCUUUUCAGCAACGCCAUGGGUCUUACACUGGCUGGCUACCAGACUACUGCGACAACUCUUGUUGCAACACUUUACCAUAUCCUCGGUCAUCCGGGUGUUUAUAACCAGCUCUGCCAUGAAAUUCGUUCUGGAUUCACCGAGGAAUCCGAGAUAACCGGUAAGCAGCUUCUCCGCUUGCCGCUGCUAAAUGCGUGCGUCCACGAGACUCUGCGCUUGCUGCCACCAGCCAACGGCAAGACGGCCCAACGUACGGCUCCGGAUUGUUUCAUAGGAGAAAUAAGAGUUCCCGCCGGAACAUUGGUUUCCGCGGACCUCUACAGCAUCCAGCGCUCAGAAGAGUAUUUCCAUAAUCCGUCUGCAUUCCAUCCUGAGAGAUGGAUCAACAACGGACGGGAAACCAGCUUUGAAGGUGACAAACGGCUUGCCUAUCGGCCAUUCCUUAUCGGAAGCAGAGCAUGUAUUGGCAGGAAUAUGGCCCAGAAUAGCAUCAGGCUGAUUCUGGCCCGGCUGUUUUGGAGAUAUGAUCUUGAGUUACUGAACAAGAACUUUGUUUGGGAAAGGGAUGCUGGCAGUAGUCUCAUUUAUACGGAUUAUGAGCUGUUUGUUCGCGCAAAGAAGGUCCGGUAGAUAUAUGCGGGAUGGCGAGCUACUGUGGAGGAAGAUUCGGCAGUCAUUUGUUCGGAGGUUUUGCGCUACUAGCCGUCUCGCUCAGCCGUAGAGUGACUUUAUGUCGGCUACGGUGGGCCAGCGCGGACCAAAUGCAAACCUCCGAGCCCUUUUAACAUGAACAUUGUUGCGCUCCUUAGAUUCUAAGCAGGUGGUUGCUGGAAUCGGUUUUCGUUGUCAGGGUU